GAGAUCGUCGUCACGCAAGGUGAUCUCACCGAGUGCAAAGUGGAUGCCAUAGUCAACGCAGCCAAUAGCGACCUCCUGCAUGGCGGUGGGGUGGCUGGAGCGAUCUCUCGAAAGGGCGGGCGUGUAGUCCAAGACGAGAGCUCUGCGUGGGUAAACGCCAACGGAAGACUACCAGUCGGUUCCGCCAUGGUCACGAGCGCAGGAAGACUCCCCGCCCGAUACGUUGUCCACACGGUGGGUCCGAAUCUGGGGCGUUUAUCAGAACCUUCGCCAACUCAGACGGAACAGCUUCGAAGCGCUGUAAAGUCGGCUCUGGUUGUUGGUGGCCGAUUGGGCAUCUCGUCUAUCGCUCUCCCAGGCAUGUCGACUGGAAUCUUCGGGUAUCCACUUGACCAAGGAGCCCGCGAAAUCCUUCGAGAGUGUGCGAAGUUUUGUCGCGAACAAACCACGUCAACGAUUCGAUAUAUUGUGCUCAUGGACAUUGACGACAAGAUCGUGGACAGCUUCAAGAGGGCGCUUGA